AUGAACUCCCUCAAUUUCGUCUCCUCCCGCGUCUCUCCCUCCUCCAGCCCGGGCCCCUCGCGUUCCAACUCCCUUGGCUCAAUGGGCAUCACCGUCACCGCGGAGGAGGAGGAGCAGCAGCAGGAAGCUUCCACCGCGGGCCUCGACGAGAAAUCGCCUAAUUCCGCGGACCCCGACCAUCGCCAGCCCGCUGGCGCCCCGGCCGAUGAAAAUACCCCUCUGCUGUCAGGAAGCCAUCCCAAGGAUUCCGGGAUAAGGCAGUCGCUCUGGCACCUGAUCCCCCGGCGCAUCUUCAGCGCUGUCAUCGGUUCGCUGCGCUGGGUUCUGUCCACUCUGGCUGCACCUGGUGUCUACCUGGUCGCUUGUCUCUACGACGAACACGGACACUUCGCCCCUUGGCUACAAUUCAAGAGACUAUUUGGCGCAUACCACGCGGAUCCGCGGAAGAUGGCUGCGGCAAUGCAAGAGAAGGCCGCGCUGGAAGACAGUGCUAAUUCGAGUCGAGGCGAAACAAUCAACAUAGGCCGAGGAAACGCCAUGACAACACGGCCUAUACCAUCAUCGGGCUCCUCCACGUCAGGGCUCUCCAGCGAGUCCGAAUCUGAGAUGGACAGGGAAUCUAGCAGCAGGCAUCCGCGAUCCAAGUCCCUGCAAAGCUCUGAGGAGAUCAGCCCUUCGAGGCGGUCCAUAAGGAUCAAAUUACACAACGAGGAAUCACUCCGGCAGCGCAAUCAGCAGCAAAAGGACAUAUCAGCCCACCUCAAGUCGCCGACCUCUCCUGUCGGCGCCCUGACGAAGUACCCCAAAACUCCUGCACCCCCGAGACCGCUCAUCCCACGACGCCAACCAUCGUAUAUCAAUGUGGAGGCCGACGCGCAGACGCCCCAGAAGACCCUGAUCCUUGACUUGGACGAGACGCUGAUCCACAGCAUGUCAAAGGGCGGCAGGAUGAGCACAGGGCACAUGGUGGAGGUCAAGCUGAACACAACUUACGUUGGGGUCGGCGGGCAAGCCAGCAUCGGACCUCAGCACCCUAUAUUAUACUAUGUUCACAAGCGACCGCAUUGCGACGAUUUCCUGCGACGGGUCUGCAAGUGGUUCAAUCUCGUGGUGUUCACGGCCUCUGUUCAGGAAUAUGCUGAUCCGGUUAUCGACUGGCUGGAAUCGGAGAGGAAAUUCUUCUCGGCACGGUACUACCGGCAACACUGUACAUUCAGGCACGGUGCCUUCAUCAAGGACCUGAGUGCUGUCGAGCCCGAUCUGAGUAAGGUCAUGAUCCUGGACAAUAGUCCGCUCAGCUACAUGUUCCAUCAAGACAACGCGAUCCCGAUACAAGGCUGGAUAAAUGACCCGACAGACAACGACUUGCAGCAUCUCAUACCGUUCUUUGAAGGUCUCCAGUAUGUCUCGGACGUGCGUGCUCUUUUAGCGCUGAGAGGAGGUGAGGACGGCCAGCACAUGGUAGUAUGA